UAUCGUUUAAUCGAUUGAAGUCACAUCGUAUCCGCAUUUACCGCCAUUUUCAUUAUGAUCAGUUCAGAAAAGACUCACUAUAUUCUUCGAAUUAGUGUGAUUUAUUAUUUUCUUUUAUUUGUUGUUUCACACUCAUGGAAUCUAACUUCACUAAACAUAACGGACGAUAUUCUGAUAUGGAGGUUUACUGUAUGGAGAAAUCGCGCUUUUUUAGCAAUUCCCAGAACAACAAACAGAAAGGAGGAAGGAUGGAAGCCAACAUUAAUAGAAGUUUCUUGGCCUGAAAUUAAUUCUAAUUUGCCAUCAAACAUCGCAAAUGCAGCAACCUCUUCAAAGAUUUUUCCUAAAAAAAGAUCUUCAAAGUGUGAUUAUGAAACUGUCAUAUCUGUAACUGGAUUAGAUGUAGAUGCUCGAGGACAAUUAUGGAUUCUAGACGUACCCGAUAGAUACAAUUAUUCACCUCGAAUCCUUAUUUAUGAUUUGAAACGAAACGAUCGAUUGGUAUCAUUCACCGAAUUGACUGAAAUACCUUCGAAACGAUUAAAGUCUCUCGUGGUCGACUCGUUUGAAUAUCAAUGGGGAUUUCGUGGGUAUAUCGCCGAUGCCGGUGACGAAACGAUCGUUGUUUAUAGUUCGGGAUUACGCAAGUGGUGGAAAUUAAGAAUGUUACACGGACCUGAAAUUCCUUAUGUGGAAUCCACAGACCUCGCUUUUUCUCGGAGGAACUCGAUCUUAUACAUGACGGGGCAUGAUACACAUGACCUGUUUAGUAUUAAUCUGAAAAAAACUAGAACAGACGAAGUGUGGACUGCAAUUUCUCACGGAGAACAAAAUGUAACAGUGACUUGGCUUGGGAAAAAAUUAGGCUCUUCCAUGGGCCUGUUCUGCGACUUGAAAGAUGGCCUACACUAUUUUAUGACUUCAGAAAGAGCCAGCGUGCGAUGGGACACUAAGCUUCCUUUGAACGCGCAGAGUCAUUCGGUCCUGGUACAAAACGAUGACGUCCCGUGCAUAACUGAUUACAUAAUGGAUGCGCGAAGAAAUGUGUGGGGCUUAGUGAAUUUGAAAUGUCCCAACGCGAUGAAAAAAAUAUUUUUAGUAAUUCGACGCUUAAAUCUAGAAUAGUUAAAAUUCUAAAAAAUUCUUUCGCAUUCUAAUCAACAAUAUUAAUUGUAUUUUUUAUUUUAGUAAAUUGAAGAUUUCUUGAGAAGA